GAGCUGCCUUGGGAGUCCCUGCAGCUGAAUGACCUUUGCCCGGCUCCAGAGGCGGAAGUGGGCUUUGGCAACAGUUCCGGCGAGGUGGUGCUGCUCAUCCUGUCGGUGGAUGUGGAGCAGAUGAUGCAGCUGGGAUGUCUGUCGGAGGAGCAGCCCGUACCUGAGAAGCUGGAGAUAUUGCUAGAUGGGAUCCUCCAGGAUGUGCAAGAAUCACGGCCGCGACUCUUGUUCGAAGAUCCGAUUUUUGUCCAGGAGUCGCCGAAGCUUGUCAAGCGAGCUGCCAAGAGCCGGCCGGCACCUGCUCCGAAGGAGCCAAGGUGCGCACAGAAGGGCAAAGACAAAGGAAUGCCAUCCACCCGCAAGCCACUCUCUGAAGCCAAUGUUG